AUGUGCUCAAUCCCAGACGUCAAUGCCGAUAAGGUAUCCUUAAUCAACAUCCCCAUCGUGGACCUUCAACCAUUCACUUCCGACGAGAGUACACUCGAAGACCGCCGCAAGGCUGCUCAAACCCUAGUCACUGCCUGCCGCGAGGUUGGCUUCGUGUACAUCAAGAACCACGGUGUCCCUCCGGAUGAAUUGGAAAAAGCAUUUGCAAUAUCCAAGAAAUUCUACGACCUGCCUACCGAGCAGAAGAUGAAAGCGCCCCAUCCGCCUGGCUGGGCGGUACAUAGAGGCUACUCAUGGCCCGGACUGGAGAAGGUGUCGAGCGCAAUCAGCGACAAGGACGACGAGGAAUUCGUCAAGGAAUUGCGUGAAGUACAGGAUUACAAGGAAAGCUAUGAAGUGGGUUCGGAGAACAACCCGGACCAACCCAACAUCUGGCCCCCGCCAGACGUAUUACCAGAAUGGCGCCCCUUCAUGACAAUGUUUUACUGGACAUGUUUCGAGGCGGGCAAGAAGCUCCUCCGUGCUCUUGCGCUAGGUAUUGGUCUAGAGGAAAACCAUCUCCUACAGUACCAUAGCGGCGACUACAAUCAAUUGCGACUCCUCCAUUAUCCGCCCAUACCGGCCCGGGCGAUUGAAGGAGGGAAAUCCGCCAGAAUGCCCGCGCACACCGACUGGAGUACGAUAACGAUGCUGUUCCAAGACGACUGUGGCGGUUUACAGGUCGAGGAUCCGAGGAAGGCCGGUGAAUUCAUGGACGUCGCACCCAUACCAGGGACUUUAGUGAUGAAUGUGGGUGAUCUGCUAAUGAGAUGGAGCAAUGACUAUCUCAAAUCAACCUCUCACCGCGUCCAACUCCCGCCGAAACAAGACCGGUUUACCGGCGAUGAACGCCUGACGCGAGCACGCUACUCCAUCCCCUACUUCAUCACGACCGACCCAGACAGAUUGAUCGAGUGUCUGCGCUUUGACGAUGAGCACCCACCGAAAUACGAACCCAUCACGCAGCGGGACUAUGCCGCGAUGCGGGCGAGGAUGCAGUACUGA